ACACUGAACAAUUCCUUUAACACCCAUGGUGUAUUAACUUGACUUGUCUUGCCUUAUUGUAAACUGUGCCUUUAGGGUUUCGGCAUCAUUUCCAGAGAAUGAAAAGCAGGAACCCGAGAGACUGGUGUGUUGUGUGUGUGAUCCCGGGCGUUGAGGUUGCUGAGCAAUGUCAGGGUACAGCUGACUGGGGAUGAAUGUGGUGAGAGCAGUUGUGAUUGCCCUUCCGUUAGAGUGUGGCGAGAAGCCUUCCUCACCAGGUAAAUCCAUGUCCCUCGGCAGUGCUACUUGGGAUUUCAGCGUGUGCAAUAAACGUCUCUUUUUCUCCCUUUAUUUUUCAUUUAAGCACUCUCUCCCCUUUGCACUCUCGCCUACCUCAGUAUCUGUCUCAUUGUCCGGUCCAUUCCUUUUCUCCCCCCCACCCUCCUAAUUUCAGCCCCUCCUCUAUUCCAAUCCCUCCUUCAUCUCCUCUCCCCUUAUCAGUUCUGUUCUGUUUAGUUUCCUAGCAUCUUAUUCUCUCUCUCUUUCUCUGUCUCAUGUCCUCUGCUUUCUCUGGGCACUGCCAGCUUGGCUGCCCCCGGAUCUAGCCCGGGAUAAGUUGAGAGAUUGGCACGUAUGGGGAGUUCAGCGUCCUCCCUUGCGGCGGAGCGUGAGACAAGCCAUGGUUUCAGUGGCACUGUGUUGCCCGGGCUCAGAGUGCUGGGAUGGCACAGAAGUGGGGCCCCUGAAUCUAUAUGGCAGGGAGCAGUCAUCCCUUGGUACAGGACUCUCAGGCUUCCAGACCCCAUGGCUGCCUCCUUCCCCUACAAAGAGUGGUCAUGUUGCCGUUGCACUUUCCUGAAUCCUGUUGGGCAGCAGCAUUGCUCCAUCUGUGAAGCUCCACGCCAGAAGCCCGAUCUCAACCACAUCUUGCGGCUCAGCUCUGAGCAGCGUUGGUCCUGCAGCCGCUGCACCUUUUCCAACUUAACACCCACCAGUCCUUCAUCUCCUCCAAGUAACUGUAAACUCUGUGGUUUCCUGACCCCAUCAUCAGUUCCUAAUGGACUCCCUGGGAUACCCCAAGCUGAAACUGGAUCUUCAGAGCAGGAGCCAGAGCCGAGUGAUGAAACUGCUUCUAUUCUCUCCUCUGCUGGGGAUUCUGGUUGGAGUUGCCCUCGGUGCACCUUGCGCAACACCCCAGUGUCUAGUUCUUGCUCUGCGUGUGGGGGACCACGUAAACUUUCCUUGCCCAAAAUUCCUCCAGAGGCUCUAGUUGUCCCAGAGAUUGUCCCUCCUGCUGCUGCUUUCCAGGGCUCUGAAGAUUCAGGCACUGCUCCUCUCCGUGAGCAAGACUCUUCCCGUCCUCUCCCUUCACUGCCUCUUUCCCCUGGCCCACAUAAUGCCCCUGUUCCUAGAAGCAGGAGAGAGGUGGCACCCGAUAACCCACUCUCACCUUCUACUUCUGCUCCCGUUCGCCUUCCUAAACGCCUGAGUGUUUUAGAAGAGGAGAUGCCCACGGCUGAACAGGCACCCACUCCUACAGAACCUUACAGCCCAGAUUCUAGAUGGACAUGCGGAAAAUGCACUCUGCUUAACCUACUAACUGCCAGCCGAUGCCGGGCCUGUGGGGCAGUGCGGGGAAAUGAAGGUGAACUUGGCAUGGGUGGGAUGGAUGUUCUCCUUUCACCCUCUAGCACAGGACUAUUGCCAGUUUUAGCACCCCGUAAGACUCAGUGGGCCUGCCCUGCCUGCACCCUACUGAAUGAUAACGGAGUCACGCACUGCGCUGCCUGUCACACCCCCCAGCGAUAUGUAACGCAGCACCAUAUGAAAACGCGGGUGCUGCGGCGGAGGGAGAGUGUCCGAGCAGAGAUACGGAGACAGACUGAUGAAGGAGAAGCUAAGGAGCUCUGGGAGAACAUUGUCAGCUUCUGCCGUGAUUUCUCCUCUUACCUGUCCCCAUCCCAGAACAAAGUAAAUUUUGUGGAUGACAGCUUCCCCCCCGGCCCUCGCUCUGUAGGCUUCCCGGAAUCAGACAGCGUCCAGCAGCGGGUCAAGCAGUGGCUGCGACCGCAAGAGAUCAACUGCAGUUCCUUCAAAGAGCGCACCGUCAAGUGGACUGUGUUUCGCACCCCUCGACCGUCCGACAUCCUGCAAGGGCUUCUGGGAAACUGCUGGUUUCUGAGUGCCCUGGCGGUCCUGGCAGAGAGACCAGAGCUGGUGGAGCGGGUAAUGAUCACACGGACAAUCUGCCCUGAGGGGGCCUAUCAAGUGCGGCUGUGCAAAGACGGAACAUGGACCACAGUGCUGGUGGAUGAUAUGCUUCCCUGUGAUGAGGCUGGAUAUCUGCUCUUCUCCCAGGCUCAGAGAAAGCAGCUGUGGGUGGCUCUCAUUGAGAAGGCUCUGGCAAAGCUCCAUGGCUCCUACUUUGCUCUCCAGGCUGGCCGUGCCAUAGAGGGACUGGCCACGCUGACCGGAGCUCCCUGUGAGAGCCUCAUGCUGCAAGUCAGUUCCACGAAUCCACGGGAGGAAACUGUAGACACUGAUUUGAUUUGGGCCAAAAUGCUGAGCUCUAAAGAGGCAGGGUUCCUAAUGGGAGCGUCCUGUGGAGGAGGGAACAUGAAAGUGGAUGAUAUCGCUUAUGAAAAUGUGGGGCUCAGACCUCGGCAUGCCUACUCCAUACUAGAUGUUCGAGAUGUUCAAGGAUUCCGGCUUCUCCGGUUACGCAACCCGUGGGGGCGCUUCUCCUGGAAUGGAAGUUGGUCAGACGAGUGGUCUCAGUGGCCGGCAUCACUAAAGCAUGACCUGAUGCCCCAUGGAAGCAGCGAGGGAGUCUUCUGGAUGGAGUACAAUGACUUUAUUCGGUAUUUUGACUCGGUGGACAUUUGUAAGAUUCACACGGACUGGCAUGAAGUAAGAGUCCAGGGUACCUUUCCCAACAAGGCCUCUGUUCCGAUCACAAUCACUUCUCUCACAGUACUGGAGCGCGCAGCCAUGGAGUUCUCUCUUUUUCAGGAAGGCAGCAGACGUUCUGACUCUGUGGAUAGUCACCUUCUGGACCUCUGCAUCAUGGUUUUUCGGGCAUCGCAUGGCGGGGCAGGAAAAGUGAUGUUGGGCCGACUCAUGGCGCACAGCAAAAGGGCAGUGAAGAAGUUUGUAGGAUGUGAUGUUAUGCUGGAGCCAGGGGAGUAUGCAGUUGUGUGCUGUGCCUUCAACCACUGGCAGACUCUCAUGGCAGCAGGUUCCUCCCCAGCUCAGGCCUCCAGCCCCACAGGUAGCAGUAACAACCGUCGUGCAACCUCAGACCCUCUAGGAUACAUUCUGGCUAUCUACAGUUCCCGGCUUGUUAUGGUGGAACAGAUGGAAGCGCAGCCAACAACGCUCGCUGAUGCCAUUAUCCUGCUGACCGAAGAUAAGGGUGAAAGGCACGAGGGUCGUGAAGGGAUGACCUGCUACUACCUGACGCACGGAUGGGCUGGACUAAUCGUUGUGGUGGAGAAUCGACACCCUAAAUCCUAUCUGCACAUCCAGUGUGACUGCACAGACAGCUUCAAUGUUGUGUCCACACGAAGCUGCCUCAAAACCAGCGACAGUGUCCCACCGCUGCACAGGCAAGUGCUGGUCAUCUUGUCUCAGCUGGAAGGGAAUGCAGGCUUCUCCAUCACACACCGGCUGGCUCACCGCAAGGCCAAUCAGGCAUUUCUCAAUGACUGGAUGUCCAGCAAAGGCACCCACAGCCCCCCGCUGUCUCCUGAGGUGUCUGGCCUUCAUGGCCCCCGUCCUCUCUGACACCCAGCCGGGGUGCUUAGGUGCUCCGUACAGGGUCAGCUGGAGCACUUUUACAGACUUAAACCCUUCCCAAAUGAUGACACUUGAAAUCUACUCAGGACUCUCUUCCUGUGUAUACAGGACCCUGUCAUUUCCCCCCAAUCCUGUUGAUGCACACUCUAAACUUGCUGUACCACAACACACACACACACAGUUGUCGAGGAGCUUGGCACACACACCUCUAGUCCUACAACAUUUCCUUUUCCUCUCCUUUUUUUUAUAGGAUUCAACAAUACAAAUCUAACCAUGCUGAAGUUUCUAUUUGGGGGUUAAAUAAACCUAUAGUGAUA